AAACUUUAACAUUAAUUGAAAAUGCAUUAUUUAUAAUUAAUUUGGAUGAUUAUUCAACGGGAAUGGAUUUUGAUAAAUUUAGUCAAAAUAUGUUUCAUGGAUUAAACGCUCAUAAUCGUUGGUUUGAUAAAGCAAUGUCUAUUGCAAUAGAAAAUAAUGGACGUGCGGCUAUGAAUGGAGAACAUUCACCUUGUGAUGCUCUUAUACCUUCAAUUAUUUUUCAAUGGAUUGGUCUUGAACCAACCUUACCAAAUACACCAGUUUCAGGACGUUCAAUUAUUUCACCAAAAAGAAUUAGAUUUACAAUAAAUGAACAAACAUUAAAAGAUAUUUUUGAAGCACAAAAAAGAAUUGAUCCUAUGAUUGCUGAUUCUGAUAUUGUUAUAUUACAAUUUUCAGAAUAUGGUAUUCAAUUUAUUAAAAAAAAUGAUGCAUAUAUACAAAUGGUAUUACAAUUAGCAUACUUUAAAACACAUCAAAAAGUUGUUCCAACUUAUGAAACUGGAUCAACUCGACAAUUUUUACAUGGACGUACUGAUACAAUUAGAACACUUAGUUUAGAAAGUAAAGCAUUUGUACAACAAAAAUAUAAUUUAUUACAAGCAGCAACAAAAGCACAUAGUAUUUAUUCACAAGAUGUUUCUAAUGGUAAAGGUUGUGAUCGUUAUUUAUUAGGAUUAAAACUUUUACUUCAAGAAGAUGAAUCUCAUCCAAUGUUUACAGAAACAAUUUUUAUUAAAAGUCAAGAAUGGAUUUUAAGUACAAGUGGUCUUAAUUCUGGUGAUAAAUUAAAUGGUACUGGUUUUGGAUGUGUUUAUCCUAAUGGAUAUGGUAUUAAUUAUCUUUCUGGAGAAUAUUUAUUAAAGUUUGGUAUAGAGUCCAAAUAUUCUUCUUCUGAAACAGAUUCAAAUGCAUUUAGGCAAAAUAUUAUUAAUGCAUUAAAAGAUAUGAAAAAGAUUUGUGAACAAAUAAAUA